AUGGCGACCGUCAAGACGGGGUUGCGAGGCUUCGCGGUGGCCAGUGGCUCCUUGGCGGGGCGCUACUUAUUGGGCGACACCUUGACCCAGCGAUGCAUCGAGCAACGCCAGGAGCACGACCGACGGCGCGCGGCGCUCUUCGGCCUCUUCGGGCUGGUCAUGGGCGGCCCAGCUUAUCUCUUCUACGCCCAUGUUCCAGCUCAGCUUGGCCGCUGGGUAGAGGGGAAAUGGAAAUUGGUGGCUGCCAUGAUCCUCGUGGACUGGGUCUUUUUCAUGCCCUUGAUUUACCUGCCUGUCUUCUACACCUUCCGGGAAGCAGCCUAUUCCAGGCCUACCAGUUGCCGAAGCCUUUGUGACUCCUCACUGCGCUUCUGGGCCGCCCACGUGACGAGCGACCUUUGCGCCGCCACACCACUGCUGGUGACCUCCGAUGUGGUCAUGUUCACUGCCUUACCGGCCUUUUGGCGCGUGCCCUUCUUGUCGUCCAUCGGCCUACUUUGGGUGAUCUACAUCUCUUUGAAGCGUGGCUCUGCUGAGUGCGAACACUAG